AUCGCUCUGGGCUGGCGCCGGGACUUGCACCACGCGGGAGGUGGCCGGGGGCUCCGGGCUCAGCGCCCCUUCCCUGGGGCGAGCGGAGAGGAGGCAAAGGAAGAGAAACUGGGGAGAUAGACUGGCCGCGGACGCGAUGGAAGGACGUAGGCGAAGAGCGCAAGGCGUUCGUCCCCAGGGUCUCCGAGGCCUCCCCUUCGCCGGUGCGGCGGCCCCCGGGUAGGGUCAGUACCGGACACCGGAGUCUGGGUUGCUGGCUCCAACUGUUGCGGGCGGAAGCCUCCCGGGCGAGGAACCGGGCAGGGGCCGGACGGACCUACGGCACUGGCCCAGCUGCACCAGAGUGCCAGAGAGGGCGCGAAGCCCAGAGAGCGGAGGGGAGCUGUGGCGGCUCCUGGAGUCUGUCCCUGACUCCUCAUGUCUGUUGGGCACCUGCUGCGCGCAUCUGCCUUCCAUCCGACCCCUGCUUCGGCCUGAGUGCCCCAGGCUCUCCCCUUGCUGCACUCCUUUUCCCUACCUUUCAGCUCACCCUCUGACCUCAGAGAAUCAAUGUGGGUUUCUGGAGUGGCAGGAUAUUCCCAAAAACUGAUCCCUCACCCUGGUUUCCCCAGGCUCAGAGGGCGCCAAAAGGAGGUGGGCGGAAAAGGCCUGCCCUGGUGUCCUGGGCCCUGGCCGCACCAGUUGGCUGCUGUGGUCUCCUGGGGCUUGGACCAGGAACCCCGACGGCAGGGAGGAGAAGCCUCCUGCUGCGGAAAGCGGUUUGUGCUUGGCCUAGGCAGGCAAGGGGAGCGCUGCCGAAGGAGAAGGCGCCCAGCAACCCUUCGAAGGUCCUGCGGGGUGAGGGGUGGGUGUUCCCUUAGGUCUGAUGCUGACCCCAAUUGUCCACCCCAUUUCCCAGCCCUCCCUUCCCAAUGGGGCAUCUGGUACAGUCCCCUAACCCUUAGAUGAUGGCCCAGGCUCCGCCCCAUCAGCAGCUCCCAAGUCAUAAGAAAGUCCAGGGGGAAAACAAUCCAGUAUGUGGAGAAGGUGCCAUUCCACUGGCUCUGUUUUGGAACCGAUCCAGUUCCUGGCUCUGAGCUAGUUUCUAAACUUGGAAGAAUAAGAACGUGAAAGGCACAGGACCCUCCAGUGGACAUGGGUGGGGCCCUGGGGCCUGCCCUGCUGCUCACCUCACUCCUCAGUGCCUGGGCAGGGCUGGGCCCAGGGCAGAGCGAGCAGGCAGUGACAGUGGCAGUGGUGUUUGGCAGCUCUGGGCCACUGCAGGCCCAGGCCCGCACUCAUCUUACCCCUCAGAACUUCCUGGACCUGCCCCUGGAGAUCCAGCCACUCACCGUUGGGGUCAACAACACCAACCCCAGCAGCCUCCUCACCCAAAUCUGCGGGGUUCUGGGUGCUGCCCGUGUCCACGGCAUCGUCUUUGAGGACAACGUGGACACCGAGGCGGUGGCUCAACUCCUGGACUUCGUCUCCUCCCAGACUCACGUGCCCGUCCUCAGCAUCAGCGGGGGCUCUGCUGUGGUCCUCACCCCCAAGGAGCCGGGCUCCGCCUUCCUGCAGCUGGGCGUGUCUCUGGAGCAGCAGCUGCAGGUGCUGUUCAAGGUGCUGGAGGAGUACGACUGGAGCGCGUUCGCAGUCAUCACCAGCCUGCACCCGGGCCACGCGCUCUUUCUCGAGGGCGUGCGCGCCGUCGCGGACGCCAGCUACUUGAGUUGGAGGCUGCUGGACGUCCUCACGCUGGAGCUGGGCCCAGGCGGCCCCCGAGCGCGCACUCAGCGCCUCCUGCGCCAGGUCGACGCGCCCGUGCUGGUGGCCUACUGCUCACGCGACGAGGCGGAGGUGCUCUUCGCUGAGGCAGCACAGGCCGGCUUGGUAGGGCCCGGCCACGUGUGGCUGGUACCCAAUCUGGCGCUGGGCAGCACCGACGCGCCCCCAGCCGUCUUCCCCGUGGGCCUCAUCAGCGUGGUCACCGAGAGCUGGCGCCUCAGCCUGCGCCAGAAGGUCCGCGACGGUGUGGCCAUCCUCGCAUUAGGGGCCCACAGUUACCGGCGCCAGCAUGGUACCCUGCCAGCUCCGGCUGGGGACUGCCGUAGCCAUCCCGGGCCUGUCAGCCCUGCCCGGGAGGCCUUCUACAGGCACCUACUGAAUGUCACCUGGGAGGGCCGAGACUUCUCCUUCAGCCCUGGUGGGUACCUGGUCCAGCCCACCAUGGUUGUGAUCUCCCUCAACCGGCACCGCCUCUGGGAGAUGGUGGGGCGCUGGGAUCAUGGUGUCCUCUAUAUGAAGUAUCCAGUAUGGCCUCGCUACAGCACCUCUUUGCAGCCUGUGGUGGACAGCCGGCACCUGACAGUGGCCACACUGGAAGAGCGGCCCUUUGUCAUCGUGGAGCGCCCUGACCCUGGCACAGGUGGCUGUGUACCCAACACUGUGCCCUGUCGCAGGCAAAGCAACCACACCUUCAGCAGCGGGGAUGUAGCUCCCUACACCAAGCUUUGCUGUAAGGGCUUCUGCAUCGACAUCCUCAAGAAGUUGGCUAAGGUGGUCAAGUUUUCCUAUGACCUGUACCUGGUGACCAAUGGGAAGCACGGCAAAAGGGUGCGCGGCGUGUGGAAUGGCAUGAUCGGGGAGGUGUACUAUAAGCGGGCAGACAUGGCCAUCGGCUCCCUCACCAUCAAUGAGGAGCGCUCUGAGAUCGUGGACUUCUCUGUGCCUUUUGUGGAGACGGGCAUCAGUGUGAUGGUGGCUCGAAGCAAUGGCACUGUCUCCCCUUCGGCCUUUCUGGAGCCCUACAGCCCUGCCGUGUGGGUGAUGAUGUUUGUCAUGUGCCUCACGGUGGUUGCCAUUACCGUCUUCAUGUUCGAGUACUUCAGCCCUGUCAGCUACAACCAGAACCUCACCAAGGGCAAGAAGUCUGGUGGCCCAUCCUUCACCAUUGGCAAGUCUGUGUGGCUGCUAUGGGCGCUGGUCUUCAAUAACUCUGUUCCUAUCGAGAACCCUCGGGGUACCACUAGCAAGAUCAUGGUCCUAGUAUGGGCCUUCUUUGCUGUCAUCUUCCUCGCCAGCUACACAGCCAACCUGGCAGCCUUCAUGAUCCAGGAGCAGUACAUCGACACUGUGUCGGGCCUUAGUGACAAGAAGUUUCAGCGGCCUCAAGAUCAGUACCCACCCUUCCGCUUCGGCACAGUGCCCAAUGGCAGCACAGAGCGGAACAUUCGCAGCAACUACCGUGAGAUGCACACCCAUAUGGUUAAGUUCAACCAGCGCUCGGUGGAGGAUGCACUCACCAGCCUGAAGAUGGGGAAAUUGGAUGCCUUUAUCUAUGAUGCUGCUGUCCUCAACUACAUGGCCGGCAAGGAUGAGGGCUGCAAGCUGGUCACCAUUGGAUCUGGCAAAGUCUUUGCCACCACGGGCUAUGGCAUUGCCAUGCAGAAGGACUCCCACUGGAAAAGGGCCAUAGACUUGGCGCUCCUGCAGUUCCUGGGGGACGGAGAGACGCAGAAACUGGAGACAGUGUGGCUCUCAGGAAUCUGCCAGAACGAGAAGAAUGAGGUGAUGAGCAGCAAGCUGGACAUCGACAACAUGGCUGGAGUCUUCUACAUGCUGCUGGUGGCCAUGGGGCUGGCCCUGCUGGUCUUUGCCUGGGAGCACCUGGUCUACUGGAAACUUCGCCACUCGGUGCCCAACACGUCCCAGCUGGACUUCCUGCUGGCCUUCAGCAGGGGCAUCUACAGCUGCUUCAACGGGGUGCAGACCCUGGCCAGCCCAGCGCGGCCUCCCAGCCCCGACCUCACAGCCAGCUCAGCCCAGGCCAGCGUGCUGAAGAUGUUACAGGCGGCGCGAGACAUGGUGACCACAGCGGGCGUGAGCAGCUCCCUGGACCGCGCCACGCGUACCAUCGAGAACUGGGGCAGCAGCCGCCGUGCACCUGCUCCCGCCUGCUCUGUACCCGCCCGAGAACCGAGUCCCGGCGGCUGGGGGCCGCCUGGUGGGAGCCGCCCCGCCCUGGUGCACAGGGCCACGCAGUCCCUAGGCCGUCCGGUGACCUGCAGGCCACCUCUGCCCGACGUCUCCCGAGGGUCCGGCCGGCACUCUGGCGACGAGAGGUGGCCAGGACCUGUUGGGUACCCGGGGCGGCACCUCUCGACCUCCGAACGGCGCGCGCUCCCAGAGCGCCCCCUGUCUUCCGCGUACUGCCACUACAGUUCCUUCCCCAGAGCCGAGAGGUCCGGGCGCCCCUUUCUUCCACUCUUUCCCGAGCCCCCCGAGCCCGACGACCUGCCGCUGCUCGGGCCCGAGCAGCUGGCCCGGCGGGAGGCUCUGCUGCGCGCCGCCUGGAUCCGGGGCCCGCGCCCUCGCCACGCUUCCCUGCCCAGCUCGGUGGCAGAAGCCUUCGCUCGACCCAGCCCCCUGCCUGCCAGGUGCACCGGCCACUCCUGCGCCUGUCCUCAGGGUCCACCAUCCUGCAAACGGUGGGCGCAGGCGCAGUCGAUGCGGCUGCCCACCUACCGGGAGGCUUGCGGGGAAGGCAUACCGCCAGGAGUGCCCACCUGGCAUCCCAGACAGCACGUCUGCCUGCACACCCGCACCCACCUCCCGUUCUGUUGGGGAGCUGUCUGUCGUCACCCCCCACCCUGUGCCAGCCACAGUCCCUGGUUCAUUGGAGCCUGGGAGCCUCUGGCACACCGAGGCAGGACCCUGGGGCUCAGCACAGGCUACAGGGACAGUGGAGUGCUGGAAGAGGUCAGCAGGGGAGUCUGUGGGACACAAGGCAUCCCAGGACCCUGCACUUGGAGGCGGAUCUCCAGUCUGGAGUCAGAAGUGUGAGGUGCCAGCUUACGCUGGUUUCUGCUUGGUUGGAUUCUUUGGCUGACAUUGCCAGGGUCUGGGGCGGAGCAGGCAGGCUUGGGCUUCCCUGGUUGCAACGAUGAAAUCUUGGCCAUGGGACCCCCAUGCAGACGAUGUCUUCGGUGGUCAGCUCUGACCUCAGCAGGCUCAGGUCCUGGUGUGGGCUGGGAUCUUGUUUAUCACAUAUAUUCCUCCAGUCACAAGGAGCAGAAAGGGUGGAACUCCUGAGGGCGGACCUGCCUUGGUGUUAGCCAGUUAGUUCCUGGUUGUGGUUGCUGUGGCCUUGGAGUUGGGGACACAGAAACUAGAGCUGGAGACUGGGGUGGAGCCAUCUCAUCUUCUGCUCCCACAGGCUGGAGUUUCUUCUCAUUGGGAGCAUUGGGACAUUAAACCUUUACAACCCACUA